UGUUGUCACGAUAAACAUGGCGCUGGACUAGACAUUGAUUCUUUAACUUAUUCAGUUAUUUAAGUUAUAUGUUUCUUAUUUUGUGAUAUUUUUAGCAGCACAAUGACUAAGAACCAUUUCACUAUUCUUGGUCUCAAACCUGGUGUUACAGAUGACGAUGUGAAAAAAGCAUACAGGACACUAGCUAAAAAAUACCAUCCGGACAAAAAUAAAUCUCAUGAUGCUGAAGAAAAGUUUAAGGAAAUUGGAGCUGCAUAUGAAGUGUUAAAAGCUAAAGACAGACGAGAAAUUCAUGAACGAGAACUCAACAGACCAAAGGAAGCAUUUGUUAGAACUGAAUUUAGAACACCUGGUGGUAGAACUCAAGAACACAAUUAUAGAGCUAAGGAAGAAUUUAAUCAAAGACGUAGAUCUGAACCCCCACCUAGGUUUAAAUUUGAUGAAGAUCCUUUUACUGGACCUUAUUCACAAUACAGAAAUUCAAAAGGAUUUAAAGAAAAAGAUUAUUUCGAUCAUUCCAAACAAAAACAACAGCGGCCUGCAGGAAAAAAGAGACCUCAGGAAAAACCAAAAUGGAAUAAUAACUGGACUGAAGAAGAGGAAAUGAGUUUCCAUGACUAUGGUGAUAAAUCCUCCUUUUCUUUUGCAUUUAAGUCUUUCAUGGAUGACAUGGACUUUUCAAUGUCUUUCACAAUGGGUGGUGAUAUGUUUGGAGAAGAGACUCCUUUUACAAAUUUUAAUGGUCAUGGUCCUGGCCCGAAGAAACCACAUGCAGCAUAUCGGCAUCACAAAAAUAAUGUGGCUGGUGAACAUGGUUAUAAAGGGGGUCUUAGCGAGGACUACUUGUUCUCACCACGGUCAGGAAUGGAUUCAUCAGAAUCAGAAUCUGAGGACUCGGAUGACUCAGAUUUUGACUACUCUGAUAUGAAGUUUUCAUGUGCUUUCUGUGGAAAAAGAUUAAAACUUGAAGAUUUGAAAACACAUGAGCCAGCUUGUGGUCAUAGGAAAAAGACAAAUAUUAACAUAGAUAGUGAUGACGAAGAACAUCGGAAUGGAUAUAGAAAAAUGUUCCAAGACAAAAGUGGAGACUGGAGACGGGACCAUGAAAAAUUCCAGGAAUACGUCAAGAGAGCAAAAAGGGCAUACCGAAUAAAUAAAUCCAGAGAUGGCUGUAGAAUGGAAUCUCAAAAAUUGUUAUGUAGUUUAUGUGGUAAAGUAAUAGAAAAAGGAGAGGCAAGGACACAUUCAUUGUUUUGUCAUACAAAAGCUGAUCCCCACUUUGGACCUCCACCAACAACAAAUGAGGAUCCACCCAUGAAAGACAGUAAAUAUAAACGAGCAAAAGAGUAUGCAAAAAAGAAGGUGCCAAAAUUUAAGAAAAGUUUCUCUGCAGAUGAUCCACAACAGCAACAUUCAUUUACAGAACCUAAAACAAAAGGAAGGGACACAAUGGAUGAACCAAUGACUAGCAGUGGUACAGGUUUAAAUCCUUCUCCAAAGUCAAAAUUUGGUAAAACAAAAAGGGCUCCUGCACCACCUCCUCCAAAACCUUGCCCAUCAGGACCCACGGUGGGACCAGCUCCGACCACUACCUCAUCAAGGACAGAAGAACCAACAAAAACAAAGCUAGGUCAUAGGGCAAGUUGUCCACCAGCACCACAAAGUAAUCCAACAUCAAGUCCAGCACAAGACAGCCCCCCUGUUAGACCUUCAUCGCAGCUAUCGAGAAAAGAAGAUGUUCCAGUGAAAGUUGGAACUUACCAAUUAGUCAGAACUCGCUACGUAGUAGCAACAAAACCUCCCAUUUAUUCUGAAUCAGACACAAGUUCUGAAGAAGAAAGUGAUUCUGAUUCAGAUAAUGAUCAGCAGCUAGUCCCAAGAUCUAGACUUGUUUAUGUUGUCCAGCCCCGGGUUGUUGUUCGACCACGACCAACCAGCGAACAACUUUACCCCCAGAACAUCAAAGUCAGAGUACCAGUCCAGAACCCCAAAAAUGGACGACAGCAAGAACAGCCGAAGAUCCCAGAAAAGCCAAAAAAAUCAAAAUCAUUCAGAAUCGGAAAGAAGUGAUCAUUUUCCUGACAUAAAUGACACUUAUUCAGGUUUUAGUGGUCAUAAUUGUACUCCUAGAGUGUUUCUGAAAAAAACUACGGUCAAAAUUUAGACCACACUUGGUGCAUAAUGUGAAUGACUGCCAGUCAGAUUGUUGAAGUUUAUUUAUUAAUAUUAUUGUUAUUAAGGCCACAUUUUACGAGGUCUUAUUGUUGUUAGCUAUAUUCCUGGUUGUUUUAGCAUGGUUGUAUAUCAUAUAUAACAUUUUGUGGGUUGUUACAAUUACUAUUGACUAGCAUCAAUUCAUACUGUAUGGUGAAGAAGGAUAACCAGUAAAGUCAAAUGAUCUCUUACUUUGAUUAAGACCUGUAGAUAUAAGUAGGUCACUGACAACAUCACAUAUCUAGUUUACAGGUAAAAAAUACCUGUGGAAGACUAAUAAAAUCUUAUUUGGAAGUUUCAGAAUGUAACAAUGGAAUCAUAUCCUAGUUUUAUUUGAUCCGUAGAAUGGAACUAAUAUCAGCAGACUCCUGUGGUUUUAAACUUUCUUCAUAGAAAUGCUGCAAUAAUUUCAACAAAUUUUACUGAAAAAAUCAUUGACAGGACAGUCUUGAUAUCUAGAGAUAUCUUGGAAUCUUCUACAUCUUUUUUAUAAAUAAAAAUUCAAGACUGGAUAAUCACAUGUAUGUUAGUAAGUAAAGUGUUAACAUUCAAUCACUGUUUAUAGUAAUAGAUCUAGUCACAUUAAUUUUGUAAACACAUCAUUGCAAUGCCAUUGCAUACCGACCGGUACUUAAAUAAAUAUGUAACAGUUGUAUAGUGUAACAGAUGAAUGUGUUUGGUCCCUUUUCUGUCUAUUGUCAUGCCAGUGAUCGAGAAAGGACGUGAAACACUAAGUAUAAAGGUAUGAUGAAUAGUUGUUUAAAUGUUUUCAAAAAGAAACUUUUGUUCUGCUUUUUAUCCAUGUAUUAUUUUCUUGAAUAGUUGUACAACAUUGUGUAGUCUAAUUUAUGAUGAAUAUUGAAAGGGGCAUGACUUCAUAGUAACUUUUUUAGCUUUUGUGGUUUAUGUGUGAGAAAUUAAUGUUAAGGUUAUGAUAAGUUAAGCAUUGAUGAUAGUAUACACUUGCAUGAGCAUCGAUGCAUCUCAUUUACAAACAGUUUAUUAGGAUCUUUUCCCAUAGUCAUUAUAGAACUUGAAUUAUGACAAUGUCAGAUGUUAUGUUUUAUUUAUAAGAGGCAUAUAUGAUAGACCCUUUAUAUUAGGAAUGUUCGGAUUUUAGAUUAUCCAUGCAUUCCAUAUCAUUAAAAUACAUUAAUAUAUUUCUAAAAUAUUCCUAUGGCAACUGUUUGAAAGCUGCUAUUUCAUGAACUAAAAAUGAUAACUGUCCUAGAAUGCAAUAUUUAAUUCAGCAUAUACAUAUUUAGGUUGUGUUUUUUACCACCCUGCUCAUAAAACCCAUGAAGCCAAUUUAGCUUAUUGCUAUACUGUCCAUAGAUUUUAACGACACUUUCUGGUUAUCGUAUUUCGUACAUAGUUGAAGGUGAUUCUAGUCAAUGUUAACUGUAAAUAUGUAUAUAAAAUAGAGAGAGAGAGAGUUAAAUUAUUUGUUGAGAGAUGGAGAUAUCAAGAUAGUUGAAAAUGUUAAAAGUGUGAAAUAGAACACUGUUAAAGGAAAUUAGGAUAGUAGAAAAAGAUAUUUAUUUUUAAUAUGAUUAAAUUUGGAAAUUUAUACACAAACUUAAUAGUCUUGAAUCUCUGACAAUUUGAUAAAUUUAUAAGGGAGGGUGUUCCAGAAAACAAUUUUAAGUUAUUAUUUCAGCACAUCUGUGAAACUCCUGUGUGCUUGUAUGAAAAACGUGACAUGAAUCUUACUUGAAGAAAAAAAUUAGAAGUGUGCUAUAUAAUAGCUAGAAAGUAUUACCUUUGUGCUAGGUGAUCUUUAUUGUAUGAAAAGUGUGAGGCAUUGCUAUAAAUGAUUUAAUUGGACACAUCUGGAUGCCUCACUAUAGAUGGUUUUAGCUCAGACUAAAUUCCUAAGAUGAUACAUGUAUUUUAUAUUAGAGUGAUGGAUAUAAACUUCAAAGAAUAUUGUGUGUGUGGUUAAUCAGUUCGAACUAAGAGUGAAAUAGAGUGUUUGAGGUGAUUCAGCAUAAUGAGACAUAUGGUGGUUUCUGUAUGAAUUUGAGUUAAUUUUAAUUUCUAAUGAGAAUGAUUGUGUCAGUGAUAACACCAUUGUAAACAGAUAUAACAUCUGUGUGUUCUUAUAGUUUUAUAGUUUGAAGAAAUCCUUUUAAAACAAGAAAAUACAUAUUUCUAUGCAGUUGAAUUGUGACCAUUUGUUGGAGUAUAUUUUAUAAAGAUGCAAAGAUACUGAAGAAGCUUCAUAUUAGAUAUUUUUAGCCUAGUAUUUAUUUUAUAUUUAUAGUACAAGAUGUACAUGUAUAUAUUUUUGAAACAGGAAUUCGAUCAUAGAAAAUCCAAGUAAAAUUUAAAGUCGAUAUUUAAAAGGAAAAUAAUGAUUGAAUAUAGUCUCUAGUGUAAACAAAAUGGUGCAAUUCUGAAACUAUAUUGAUAAUCAGUUGUCACAAAAGACAAUACAAUCCUAUGUGACAUUAAAUUUAUUGAACUAUAUUUUUAUACUUUUAUAAUAUUGGGCAUUAAUAUAGUUCAUAUGUACUUUCUGGAAGAUAAUGAAGUGUGUGUUUAUUCAAGAAUUUUUAUUCUGAUAAAAUCAAUAAAGUUGAAAACAUGGUUGAAAGUACAAAUAACAAUCAAACAGCUGUGUCCUUUAUAUAAAUGAUACAUCACACUCAUACGUUUUUUUUGUAUUUACCAUAUUAUAAUAUAAUAGAAAAGGAUGGCUAUGUAUUUUGUCUUAUUUGUCAGGUUGACCUUGUUUUUUUUAUAUUUUUUAUUUUUGAAUGACAAACAUAAUUUUUAUAACACAGUUAUAAUUUGUUUGUUAGGGAAAACAAAUUAUAACUGUGUUUCCUGCCCCCCUACUUUUUCUAGAUUUUCAUUUACACAUUGUAUGGACAUUACUGAUUGAGCACUGUUCAAGUCCAGACAUUUUGAUAAAGCACCAUAAAAAAUAAAAUCUUUUACCUACCUAACCUAUUUUUUCUGCCAUGAGACAGGAAAUAAGUAUAUAUUUUGGCCUAAUCAUUGUUAUUUCAAUUUUUUAGGGUUUCUGCUGCUGGCCUUUUUCAAUACAGAACACACCAAAAUAACUUGAAUAAAUGGGUAUGCAUGCUUGUGAGAAAAACUAAAAUUUUUGGAGGGAAGAGAAUGAAUGGAAUUUUCCUAUGAAAUGCUUGGGUAAAAAUGUAUAAUACACUGUGUAGGAAAAAGUAGGUAUUACAAUUAAAUAUAUUUUGUUAUAAGUAUUUCUUGAGAAGUAUUUUACUUAAAGAAAAUAAAGCUGUCUGAGUGGAAAAGUUUAAUGCAUUAUGGAGGAAAAAGAUAGAGGUUAUAAAUUAUUAAAAAAAGUGGAAAAUAUGUGAGUAAAACAUUGUUAAUAAAAACCUGGUUUAGGUCAUAAGAGUCUACAUUGAUCUGUGUUAUUUAUGUUGCCAGGCAAAGGUCAAGGUUGUAAGAGUACAUUGAUCGGUGAUGUUUAUAUUACAAGGCAAAGGUCAAGGUUGUAAAAGCCUACUAUAAAUCUGUUAAGUUUAUGUUGUUAGGCAAAAGUCAAGGUUGUACAAGUCGACAUUGAUUUGUGAUGUUUAUGUUACAAGGCAAAGGUCAAGGUUGUAAGAGUUUACAUUAAUUCUUAAAAUAUUUAUUAGAAAAGUGUAAUUGAAAUCUGUUGAUCAAACAAAUUUUUAACUUAGUUCAUUGGAAUACUUGUUUGUUCUAAAGUGACUUAUAAGAGAAAGCUUCAUUUCAUUUCAAUUUGAUUUAUUUUAAUUAGUAUGCCAAUAUGUGGCUGUUGGAGAUAUAUUUAUUCUUAAUUCCAUACAAGAACUAUAUUACCUAAAAAACUAAACUUCUUCGUCAGCACUAUAUGUUUUCCCAAAACUUUUAAAAGAAUUAUUUAUAUGCAUAGCCCAUACAGUCCACCAAAUUAAGAUAGUUAUUAAUUGUAGUACUUUCAUAAACUGACUGCAUGUAAGUUACUAGAACAAAGUUCAUGACCAAAUGUUGUGUAUCAUAAUAUAUCAUAUUUAUUUAUUUAUGUUCAAUUUCCAGGACAGUCAUUUUGCAAAGAGAAAUAGAAUCUCUAUAUCUGGGUAUUUUGUCUCAUUAUAUAACUUGCAUAAUAUAUAUUUGUUAUUUAUAAUGUGUAUUGUUAGUCAAAGGGAGGUAACUAGGGAAUGAUUGUAAUUUUAUUAUUUUUCAGUUAUCUCUCUUUACAUUGUAAGUUUAACUGGUAAUAGCCAGGUUUAUAAGAAGAGGGUCUGUGCAGUAUCUUGUAAACAUGAAGUUGUAAAAAAGAAAAAUCUCAUUUGACAAAAGUAUCCUAUCCAUGUGAUAUGCAUGUUCAUUUUUCAAUCCAAUAUUUAUAUAUUUGAUAUUUUUUUUUAGAGAAGCCUUAAUACAAGAUAUAAUAAA